GAACGUGAUCUACGUGGACCCGUGCCGCGCGAUCCUCUGGGACAGGCCGCGUGGCAAUUUCGAUGAGCAGGCGUCCCGCGGGGAGUCGAAGCGCUGGACGUCGCCCGACGCGAAGGCCGCGUCGCCGAAUCUACUGGCCUCGCCCUGCGCCGCAAAGCAGACCCAGUUCAGGGACAAGAAGAUCCGGUGGUUCAUCGCGGUUUUCAGGGGGGGGAUGCGCUGCGAGACCAUGGGCAGCAAGUUGAAGCAGACUGGCGCAGGGGUCGCCCAGGUGGUCGGCCGCUUGGAGCGCAUCCUCCGGGCAAACUUGGGCAACGGAACACCUUUUCCCCGCUUGGCCCUCUCAGACCGCGGGCCUGGCCUCUACCGGGCCUCGACGGGCCCCGUCGUCGGCGAAUGCUGCGACGCCCUCGAGCAACGAGGUUUCCGCGCAUAUGCGGGCGCAGACGCGAGCAAGCAGCCCCCAGACAUUCCCGACGGCCUCGGCGCGAUGGGGGAAGAGCUGGCGGAACGGCUCAAGGCGCGCAGGACGUGCGCCAACCGCGACUUCGAGGUGGGCGCGUUGCGUUCGAGCUACCCCGAGCGCAUGAAGGAGCUCGUGGGCAGGAGGGGCGAGCGGCUGAACCGCUGGGCGAGGCUUCUUAGGAAAACGCAGAGCCGCCGUUCUUACGACCGCCCUGAAGAAUUGUUUAAAGAGCACUCCGUCACGCGGCGUGCCCCAGU